CAUGAGACGGCAGUGAAGUGAUAACCACGCUCCUAAGCUGCCUCUGCUACUCAAUUCUCAUCGUCUCCGCCUAUUUCUUCCUCAACCUUUCUCGCUGGCGUACUUAGACGCUGAACCCUAACCUUUUUUUAUCUUUCCAUUUACCACUUUUAUAUAUCAAUCAAUCAAUCAAUACACUUCGGUCCUUCGGAUUUGAUUUUGCGCCGAAAAAAUACAUAUAUAUAUAUAUAUACCCGGUGUUUACCGCCAUGAAAGUACCAGAAACCGACCCUGUCACUCUUUCAGAGCACCUCGUCUCUUCGUUGCUUGACCAAAUCCCACUCAUUACCAACUUCAGAGGCAAAUGGGCUAUCAUCAAAACAAAGCUCCUUCAUCUCCAAACGCAGCUUCAAGAUUUCAACGACUUUUCAACUGCUACCUCCAAUCCACUCUGUCUCGACCACCUUUACUCCAUCUCUCACACCCUCAACGACGCCGUUUCUGUUGCCCAGAAAUGUCAAAGCGUUAAUUUAACCCAAGGCAAGCUCAAGACCCAGAGUGAUGUUGACUCUGUUUUGGCCAAAUUAGAUCGACACGUCAACGACUUUGACGUUUUGAUUAAAAGUGGAGUUCUCCAAGAUGGUGCUGUUUUGUCAGGUUCUGCUUCGAAGAGGGAGACCGUGAGAGCAGAGUCGAGGAACUUGAUAACUCGGUUGCAGAUUGGAACCACCGAGUCGAAGAACUCGGCGAUCGACUCACUUUUGGCGAUUUUACAAGAAAAUGAUAAGAAUGUGAUGAUCGCAGUGGCUCAAGGUGUAGUACCGGUUCUUGUUAAGUUAUUGGACUCAAGCUCCUUGGAAAUGAAAGAGAAAACCGUUGCUGCGGUCUCUAGGGUUGCGACGGUUGAUAGUAGCAAACAUGUGUUGAUUGCUGAAGGUUUGUUGCUGCUAAAUCACUUGCUUCGUGUUCUUGAAUCAGGAAGUGGGUUUGCAAAAGAACGAGCUUGUGUUGCUUUACAAGCUUUGAGUUAUUCUAAAGAAAAUGCGAGAGCAAUUGGAUGUAGAGGUGGAAUUUCUUCUUUAUUAGAGAUUUGUCAAGGUGGAACGCCUGGUUCACAGGCUUUUGCUGCUGGGGUUUUGAGGAAUCUUGCUGGGGUUAGUGAAAUAAGGGAUAAUUUUAUUGAGGAGCAUGCCAUUGCGGUACUGCUUGGCCUUGCGGCUUCUGGAACUGCAAUUGCACAAGAAAAUGCAAUUGGGUGUCUGUGUAAUUUGGUUUCGGAUGAUGAAAGUUUGAAGCUUUUGAUUGUUAAAGAGGGAGGUAUCGAGUCUUUGAAGAAUUACUGGGAUUCAAUUGCAAAUUUUAGUAGUCUUGAAGUGGCUGUUGAGUUGGUAAGGCAUUUGUGUUCAUGUCAUCCCAUUGCCGAAGUUUUAGUUUCUGAUGGGUUUGUUGUUAGGCUUGUGAAUGCAUUGAAUUUUGAGGUAUUGGGUGUGAGAGUUGCGGCCGCUCAGGCUGUUUAUGAGAUGGGGAUUAGUUCUAAGAUAAGGAAAGAACUGGGUGAAUGUGGGUGCAUUGGACCUUUGAUUAAGAUGCUGGAUGGUAAGGCUGUGGAAGAGAAAGAAGCUUCUGCAAAAGCAUUGUCAAUGCUUGUGUUGUAUGCAGGAAAUAGAAGAGUUCUUCGCAAGGAUGAGAGAGGGAUAUUGAGUUUAGUUCAGUUGUUGGAUCCUCUGAUCCAAAAUUUGGAUAAGAAAUACCCUGUUGCUGUAUUGGCUGCUCUUCUUCAUUGUAACAAGUGCAGGAAACGAAUGGUUACGGCUGGUGCUUGUGCACACUUGCAGAAACUUGUUGAAAUGGAUGUUGAGGGUGCUAAGAAACUUUUGGAAAGUCUUGGACGUGCUAAGAUUUGGGGUGUUUUCGCUCGGCCGUGAAAAUUGAAGAGAUCUUCAACUGGUUGCAAUAUGGAACAAUUUACAAGGAGGUCUCUUGUAGUUAUGCAGAAUUCGGUUCAUCUGUUAAAGAUUUCGAUGCCGUGUGAACUGCCCGUUAAAAUCCUCCAACAAACGUCUCUGUGGAAUUAAUAGUUACCUACACUGGUAAUAAAUUACUCUUCCCCUGGUCCAUAUUUUAUAGUGUCAAUAUUCUGGGUCCCAAAUAAUUGAACUCAUUUAUAUUAUAUCGUAUGUUUUUCCAAUAUGAGUAUUGAUUGAUAUUCUGGCAAUUAUUUUAGACAAGUUUGGUGGGAUGCAUAAUAUGGAAGAGAAUAUCUAAAAUUUCUGGUUCUAAACCAUGUGCACAUGUUCCUGAGCAUGUGCAUUUGCUUGCAGAUAUCUCCAUUUCUGUUGGCGGUUACCUAGCAAGCAAGGAUCUACAACUAUUUUGUUUGCAUAAUUGCGUUUGCCCAAAGCAACUACUAAGCGGUUCAGUCCUCUUCCGUGUUUUGUGACGACUUUUUAGGAUAUGUUGACCUUUUUCAAUUACUUAAUUCAGUUCUAUAUUUGACAAGUUGAAUCUUUUUUAGUGAAAUAAAAAUUCAUGGAGGCUUUGUAUGGUACAA